AUGGAAUUAUUAAAAUCCAAAUUAUCUCAAUUUUCAUCAAAUAACAAUAUUAAAAAUAAUAAAAAAGUCAAAAAUGUAGAGUUACAAUUUAAUGAUUCAAAUAAUUUAUUUAAUGACCUUAUUAAUGAAAAUGAUAUUAUUUCAAGUAAAAACAAUUAUAAAAUGAGUGACUACAAAUUGAAAAGGAAUAAAUAUCCUGGACAAAUUGCACAAUUAAUUCAACAUCAACAAAAUCCAUCAUUAAUAAUUACAAAUAAAUUAGAUCUACCAAUUCCAUUGAAUCAAACAUCUUCAUCAUCAGUUGGGGGUCCACCACCUAUUAAAAAAGUAAUUUCAUAUUGUUUGUCUGAAUCAAUUGAUUUAAUGGGUUGUUUUGAUUUAUUAGAAAAUAAAGGUUUUAAACCACAACCUUUUAAAAAUUUAUUUUUUUUCUUUAUUAAAAAACAAAAUAAUAAUGAUAAUAAUUAUAAUAAUAAUAAUAAUAAUAAUAAUAAUAAUAAUAAUAAUAAUAAUAAUAAUAAUAAUAAUAAUAAUAAUAAUAAUAAUAAUAAUAAUAAUAAUAAUAAUAAUAAUAAUAAUAUUAAUAAUAAUAAUAAUACUAAUAAUAGUAUUUCACAACAAAAUCCAAAUAGUACAAAAAAUACAAAUUAUUGUAUAUCUGGAGAAGUUUCACCAAGAAUUAUGGCAUCCUCUUCUCCUAAUGAACAUUGCAUUGAAAUGAAUAGAAUUGGAGUAACAUCACCAAAUCUUUAUGGAUUUUCAUUGGAUCAUCAAAAGUAUUACCAACAACCUCAACCUCAAUUUUCAUCAUAUCCAACGUCACCAAAAGUAUAUAAAAUGGAAGAAUUUGAAAAAAAUCAUUCAUUAAUUGUUGUAUACGAAAAUGGUGUUGUUGUUUGUUGGGAUUUACCAGAUUCAUUACAAUAUUUAACCUUUUCAUUAUUUGAUGAAUUUUUAAUUAAUCCAUUGAGUUCAAAACUAAUUGAUGAAAUGACAUUUGAAAAAGGAUAUGAAGGAACUCAUUUUUCUAAAGAUCAAAUUUUACUCCAAGAUCAUCAUUUUAAUACAAAAUUGGCUAUUAGCCAUUCAUUAUCUCAAUCGAUUCGUUUAUCAUUGAUUGAGGAAAAUAUAAAUAAACUUCAUGUUAUUCCAAAAAAUAUUCCUUCUCAAUUAGUAAAAAAAGGCUCUGCUGGUAUUACUAAUCAUCAAUUAAGUAUAAUUGUUGGAAAUAGUUUUAAAAUUAAAAAUUCAUUAUCAAAAAAUAAUUUAAUUUUUAAAUCAAUUGUACAAGAUUAUUUUGAUCAAAAUGAUUCAAGUAAAAAAACAUUUCAACAAUCAUCCAAUUAUUUAGAUAUUAAAGAGAGAACUCAAUCUUUAAAUCAUGGCAUUAAAACAAUAAAUGAAAUGGUAUCAAUUUGUAGAUCAGAGUUAGAAUCUAAAAGUUCUUAUAGACUAGAAAUGACUGUAAUUGUUUUAAUCUUUUUUGAAUUAUUAUUUAUGAUUUUACAAUUUGUUUGUGAAAUUGAUAAAAUUUAA